AUGUCUGCUACCGAGGAACCAGUUGCUCCAGCCCCCGAAGCCGCCGAGCUUGUCGAGACCGAGCCUCCUUCAUCUAUUCCCGAGGCAGCUGAGACACCUGAGAAUCCCCCUCAGACCCCGGUAGAUGCGGCCCUCUUGUCCGGUGAAGAGUCCAAAUCGGAGGCUGUAACCAGUCCGGAGACAGGCAAGGAAAAUGCUUCGCCAUUGAAAAAGUCGACGGUGUCGAGUACCACCAAACGCCCACUCUCGAGCUCGGCAUCGACGAAGCGACCUGUUGGUUCCACUACGACGCCGACUACCAAACCAGCAUCUCGAAGCACAACCACUGGCAGUACCUUGAGCAAACCACCCACACGUCCUACUACAACUUCAACUAGCACGGUUCGCCGGCCGCCGAGUGCCAGUACUACUGCGACUCAUCGGUCACGGGCAUCAGUGAGUAGCUCGGCUGAUGAGAAGUCCUCGAAGGUAGCCAGUUCCGGCGACGAGAAAAAGGGCAUCUCUAGCGCCGCGAAACGCAUGUCGCUCGCAGGUACCCCGUCUACUCGUGCUCCAACGAAAACUUCAACAUCCACAGCAGAUAGAAGGGCAAGUGUCAUUGGCUCCAGCGCUGAUAAAAGGCCAGCUUCGGCAACCACGACAAGCAGAGCUACCACUGCCUCAAAGCCUUCCACUACCACCGCUCGCCCUACAUCUACUACAACGAUGCGAACCACUGUCCGACCGUCAGCAACAGCCGCGGCUAGGCCUGCAGUCGCCUCUGCAGAAUCAAAGAAACGGCAGAGCAUAGCCCCUGAUGCUAAGUCCGCUGCAGCAGGAGCUGAAAAGCUCGCAGAGCUGCAAGAAAAGUUAUCUGAAAGUGAAGCAACUAUAGCGACGUUGAAAACAGAGUUGGCUGCUUCCCAAGAGAAAAUGACAGCCUUUUCUCAGUCAGCAGACGAUGAGUCAUCGAAGAUAGAAACUGCUGUUGAAGCGAUUCAUGCGGAGCAUGCCGCAAAAAUUGAUAAACUCUCUGUUGAUCAUGCUCGCGAGGUGCAAGAGCUGCAAGCAAAACUAGUGGCAGCAGAGUCAAAGCACAAGGACUUUGAAGCACAGUCAUUGCAAGAUCUCGAGGCAGCCAAAAAGUCAGCGGUCGAGCAAAAUGAUGUUCAAACGGCAGCCGUGCUACAGGAACUUAAAGCAGCUCAUCAGGCUGAGUUCCAGCGCCUUCAGACCGAGUUGGAGAACGAAAAAGCGUCAACUGCAGACACUGCGGCGCAAAUUACGCGAUUGACCGAAGAAUUGGAGGCGGAGAAAUCUGCCUCGGAAGCAGCAUCGAAAGCCUCUCAAGAGAAAGAAGCUACUACCCUUGAGAAACAUACCGGUGUUAUUGAGCAGCUCGAGAGGGAAUUGAAAGGACGAGAUCAAGUGGUGGAAAACCUUGAAGGCGAAUUGAAGAAACUCUCCGACACAAAAGACAAGGAAAUCGUAGCCGAGAAGCAGGCAGCUUCUGAGAAGGCCUCGGCAUUGGAAAGUAGGAUUUCUGAAUUGGAGAAGAAGUUGGUGGAUGCCCUGUCCUCUCAGCAUGACUCCGAAAAGGUCGGUAAAGAGCUGGUUGAGAAAGAUAACGAGAUUUCCGAGCAAAUUGAGGUCAUUAAAGCUCUGAAAGCCGAAAUUGACCAGUACAAGGUCUCCGAACAGUCCUUAAAGACCGAACUUGAAGGAUUGCAAGCCGAUUCACAGGACGUAGAAGCAAGGAUCAAGGAGAUAGGGAUUUCCCAUGAGCGUGACCUUGCAGAACUGAAAGCUGAGCAUGAUGCUAACACUGCCACACUUACCGCCAACCAUGCUCAAGCACUAACUGAAGUAAACCAACAUGCAGAGGCUGCCAACAAACAAAUACAAGACAAGCUUGAUGAAGCCGAUUCCGCCCGGAAGCAACUUGAAGAAAAGCUCCUGGCCGCUGAGGAGGCUCUUGAGAUAGCCAAUCGCAAUUUUGAGGAAAAUGCUAGCGCAGCACAGAAAUCUGCCCGCGAGGAAAUUGAUUCUCUACGAGAAAAGCUAACCUCCAUGGAGGAAACGUUAAAUGCAGAUGUAGAAAAGAUCAAGACCUUCGAGACCGAUCUCGCCACCAAGCAGGAGGAACUUCAACAGUUGCAGACUAAGCUGCAAGAAGAAACUGCAUCUGCUUCAAAAUAUGCGGAGGAGCGGAGUCAGGAGCACGGCAAACUUUCCGAGGAACAUGCGCGCUCCAUUGAAGCUCUGAAAGUGGAUCAUUCAUCUGAGAUUGAAAAGUUAUCUUCUUCUCAUACCGAGUCUCUUCAGUCUCUACAGUCCAAAUACGAUGAGCUACUUGCAGCUAAUGCUGCCCUUGAAUCUACCCAUGCGGAGAAGCUCAGCGCCCUUCAAAGCCAGCUAUCUGCUGCUCAAGAAGAGACUUCUGCUAAGUCCGCUUCUCUGUCUGAAACCCACCAGGCACAAAUUGAUGCUCUGAAAAAGGAAUUUGAAGAGCAACAGACUAAGCUGAAGGAGGAGUGGGAAAGGUCCCAGACCUCGAAGUCCGCAGAGAUCGAUUCUGAUCAUAGCAAAGCGAUUGAGGAACUGCUGACAGCCCACGAGGCCAAGUUGACAAACUUGCGGAGCGAUCUGGAAGCAUCGCACCAGGAGAAGCUCGAUUCGCUGCAAAAGACCCACGACGCUGUUUUAGCUGAGCUCAAUGACCAGCUGAGCAAGGCUAAGUCAGCCGCAGCCGACACAUCGGUUGUGGAUGGUCUGAGUGAGCAAAUUGCGGACCUAAAAACCAAGCUUGAGGCUUCUGAAGCGAAAUUGGUGGCAGCCGAAGAAAAAUUUGCGGUAUCUACCAAUGAACUAGCUACCAAGCACACUGAGUAUACCGAAGAGCUGUCCAAGGUGCAACAGGAGAAUAGCGCAUUACAGACGCAAUGCCAAACCCUAACUCUCAAGCUGGAAGAGGCCCAGAGGGCUCUAGAUGAGCAGCAUAGUACGACCCAAUCGAAACUUGAAGCGGCGUCUCAGCAGCUAUCUGAUUUACAGGCAGAGUUGGCCGCCUACAAGAGCACCCAUGAGCAAACGCUUGGCGAAUUGGAGUCAGCCAAGGAUCGCAACAAAGCUGUAGAGGACCAAAUCUCCAAGAGCGAAAAGCAACUCAAUGAGCAGAUUGAGAAGAACAUGUCGCUUGUGACGCAACUCGGAGAGGUUGACUCCAACAUUUCCAACAGUCGCAAGCGUAUCCGUGAGUUGGAAGUAGAGUUGGCUGCGCUCAAGGAAUCUUCUCAGGAUGCAAAGCCAAAAUCUAGCGACCUCCUUGCUAGUCGAUGGGCCACAGGCGACGACGAAACUAAAACCGAAGACAGAAGCGGUGCAUCUGCGGAAGGUGAGGAGCUUGGUUCUUCCAUAGAGGGAACGAUGGCGAGCAUUCAGGAACAGCUUAAACAGAUCCGGGCAGCCAGCGACGAUUGGUAUGAUGAACAUCGAAGAAUCGUUGGUGAACUUGUACAGGCCUCUCGAGUUGCGACACCAGAUCCGUCGUCGCCAGACGCUACAGAGACUUUACCGACUACAUCAACCAGCCAAAUACCAACAAACAACGAUCUACCAGCAGAGCAAACCGCAUAA